AUGGGUUGUGGUUAAUCAUCUGCUUCAUUUUUUGAGUCCAGAGGUCUGAUUUACAUUUAUUAUGGUACUACAUCAGGAAACUCGAGUAGACUGGCAUUCUAAUUUGCAAGUCAAACAACAAAAAUGAACUAUCUCCCUAAGAGUAAGGAUGUUAUCUAAAAUUUAGUAAUUAAUCUAAGUGAAUUUGAACCUGAUUAAAUAAGUUCGUAGAAGUUGGCUGCGUUUUUUUUGUGAUUUUACUGGUUUGAUCACAAAAAAACAAUUAAUGGAACUAUCUAAUUAAGUUGUCAACAAAUAACAUAAAGAAGAGUUAUUGAAAGCUGCUUCUUUCGAAGGCAGAGAGUUCUAUGAUGAAAAUUUUAAUAAAAUGAGAGAAAAUUUACUAACUGUUAUCAAAAAUACAAUAUACACAAUUUAUCCAUUGAGUAAUUAUUAGAAAUCUGUCCUUCAAUAACCCCUAGAUUUUUCACAAUAGCAUCUAGUAAUAUGAAACAUCCAAAAAACAUUCAUAUUUUAGCAGGUCAACUUGUUUUGUAUGAAAAAAAAAUUGGACUUUGCAGUUAAUAUUUUUCAAAUUUAAAAAAAGGGUCUUUGUUAAAAGGGUAUCUUUAGGAUUCUAAAUUUGCUUUCCCUAAAAGUCCUAAAGCACCAGUGCUAUUAAUAGGACCAGGAGCAGGAUUGGCACCAAUGAGAGCAUUCAUUUAAGAAAGAGAUUAUUAUUUUGAAUCAAAUAAUUUAGAAAAAUCUCCUUUAUUAGGAAAUAUGGAAUUAUUAUUUGGAUGCAGAACUGAAGAUGAAUAUUGUUUUGAAGAAGAACGUUACUUUGAGAAAUUUGAAAGUUGCCUUUUCAAAGAAGGCUGUAAAAUAAUAUGUGACAGAUAUUAUGGAUUUACACUAAAUACAUUCUCAUUUAUAAAUGGAAGGAAUCAUAUAUAUAUGUGGAUCCGCAUAAAUGGGUAGAGAUAUUACAAACAAGAUACAGGAUAUGUAUAAACAGAUUGA